AUGACUGAGAUUAGGAACACCAAUUUUGACAAGACAAGGAAGGAAUCAAGGAUACCCAUUAACCAAUCAAUACAUUGCAAUCGUGAAGGUUAUUGGGAGUCUCAAGUGAAGGCAGCAUCUCGAGUAAAGAAAAUAACAACCACGAGAUACAGAGCAAGGAUGUACGUGAUGUUUGAUAGGCAGAAGGAUAUUUGGAUGGUGUCAAAAUUAGAAUUAAAGCAUAGCCACCCGUGUUCUACUAAGCAACCUGUCCAUUACUACGAGUAUAGAGAACUGACUAUGCAUGCCAAGUAUGUAAUUGAGGACAACGAUGAGGCUGGCAUAUGGCCCAACAAGACUUACUUCGCAUUGGAGAACGAGGUUGGUGGGUUGUCGAAUUUGGGUUACUCAGAAAAGGAUGUGAGGAAUUACAUUACAAGCAAUCUGUGCUUAGAUGUCGACGCAGCUAACAAGUUUAGGAGUGUGCUCUGGAUAGAUGCAAGGUGCAGGGCUUCCUACGAUUAUUAUGAAGAUGUGAUAUUGUUUGACACAACAUAUAGUAGAAACAAGUAUGGACUACCAUUUGCAUCUCUUGUUGGUGUCAACCAUAACGGAAAGUCCAUUAUGCUUGGAUGUGCUUUGCUGGGGAAUGAGAAAAUACGUAGUUUUAAGCCAUCAUCACAGACCAGUGUAAGUCCAUGUGAUGCUAUUAACAAUGUCCUUCUAAAUACUCUCCACCGACGGUGCAUAUGGCACAUAUUGAAGAAGAUACCACAUGAGCUCGAAGGAUAUACUCGGUACAGAGAAAUAAAUGCUAAAAUGACUACCACUAUAUGGAAUGUCCAGUUUGUGGAAUCUUUUGAGAAGGAUUGGGCUGGAUUCAUUCCUAAGUUUAAUCAAGAGCACAACAGAUGGCUAUCAGAUAGAGUACCAUCUUGCUAUGUUCUCCCUCGAGGGAGCAAGAAUGUACGGUGCAAAUACACUUACAUCAAGAGCAACCAUGACGAAAAUCGAUCGGAUGAAAGACACAACUUAGUCAGAGGAUUGUGUUCACGUUUCUUUAAUGUUGCCCAAGAUUUCGUGACCUGCGACGAAGAAGCGAACACGUUACAUUCAGGUCUUGACGAGCUAUUUGAUUAUCAUUCGAACUUGGGGUCCAAAAGUGUUGCACCUACACAAAACAGCAUGGUGACACAGUAUGAGUUCGCUCUUGGUGCAGAUAAUAUUCGAGGUCCGUCAAAGGUGGCAACUAAGGGUCGGCCGAGAUCGAAGAGGCUUGGAUCUAAACUGGAUAGCUCGACCAAGAAAUCUAUGCGAAGAAAGAAGAAAAAUGCACCUCCAAAAAUGAUGUAG